AGUGGGUUGUCGGUCGUUUAAGAUUGUGGAUCAUGGAUAUGUUUAGCUAGUGAGGCUAAACUUUAAUCUUUAAAAUAAUAUAUCGCCGUAAAUAACUUCCAGCCCUUUGAAAUUUGCCACACAGUGACCACACCAGAAUGAUAGACGACUUCGAGAAUCAGGAGGUCCGGUCCAGCGGUGACCUGUGGUCCGCGAUUUGCUCCAGCCUGCCGGAGGUGCAGCCUGAGGCGACCCCGGAGAGCAGCACGGAGUUCAAAGACUCAUUCCACCCGCCAGUGCAGGUUAAUGGACAAGCAAAUGGGACAAAUACCAGUCCAUCCAGUGCCAAAUGGGAACCUAUGGAGGAUUCUGAGAUUUACAUAGCCACUUUAGAAAACCGCCUGAAGAAGAUAAAGGGUCAGUCCAGUGAUGUGACCUCCAGGGACAUGCUGCGCUCCUUGUCUCAAGCCAAGAAGGAAUGCUGGGAUAGAUUCCUACAUGAUACGCAGACCUCAGAGCUCUUCCAAGGAGGUGACAUGGAUGAGAGUGCUCUCGAACACUUCAAGAGGUGGUUGGUUCCUGAGAAGGUGGCCAUAAGUGCAGAAGAGCUGGAAUAUCUUCUGAGGCCGGCUCAGACUAUGGAAGCAGCGGGGUCAGACCAAACGCAAAGCGGAGAGGACGCAGAGGCAGAGAUGCACAAAUCGGAUGAAGAUGAUGCUCACAGGCCAGAGAAAUGAGUGCGUUAAACUAGUGAAGAUGGAAAGAAGAACUUACUUCCUGUAUAGUCAGUAAAUGUGACUUCUUACCCUCACAUUAUAUCUUUGCAGUGUUUUGGGCAAAACCUUUGUUAUCAGCAAUUACAGCCUCUCAUCACUGUCUGUAUCCCCAGCAACUGAGUGUUAACUACUUAUUCACUCACAUGUCCUCUCCAUUCAGCCCUUCAAUGGCGCUGCACCUUCAGAACACCUAAUAAAGAGCUUGAAAUGAUACCUUUUUGUCCUCUAGCAGUACCCCGUGCUCCUACUAUUUUUAUGCGAAUGGCUCUUAAAUACAUGUGCAGAUGUUCAUUAAGGACCAUAUGCAGUGUCACAUUGCAAAUGACGUUAGCAAUGCGUUAUGUUGUAGAAAUAUUAUUUAUCUGUCAUUAAAAUGCUGACAUCUUAAUUUAGAAUGGAUGUGAUGUGUUCCAGAAAAACAUUGUAACAUAUUGUGUAACAUUUUGUUAAUUUCAUAUGGAAAGUUUUAAUCAUCUCUAAAUAAAAACAAGUAGAAUUCAUCGUGUUCG